AUGAUCUUCAUGCAAGAAUUGCAGUGGAGGAUAGAUAGAUCCUAUGAGACUGUUGUACAGUCCCUGCUUGCGAUCAGAAACGAGCAAUCCCGUCAGCAACACUACCAUCGUCAACAUUCUACACUGAUAGAGGCCACUCAGGGUUCCAUUUUAAGCAACCUUCGAGAGGCUUACCAAGUCCGACAAAAGACUAAUCUGGUCGCUUAUGAACCCUUUCAAGCCUUACAACCCGUUAUUGGAUUACUUAGCUCUUGUUGCUCUGAAAGCCAGAGGGAAGCAGCGUUGUUACUUGGACAGUUUGCAGCCACUGAUUCAGACUGUAAGGUUCACAUCGUACAGAGAGGUGCUGCUCGACCUCUGAUAGAGAUGCUUCAGUCUCCUGAUGUUCAACUCAGAGAAAUGUCUGCUUUUGCAUUAGGGAGAUUGGCACAGGACACACAUAACCAAGCUGGUAUUGCACAUACCGAUGGCUUAGUGCCAUUGCUGAAGCUUCUUGACUCAAAAAAUGGGUCUUUGCAGCAUAAUGCUGCUUUUGCUCUUUAUGGCCUUGUAGAGAACGAGGAUAAUGUGCCUGACUUUAUUAGGGUAGGUGGAAUUAAGAAACUUCAGGAUGGAGAGUUCAUUAUUCAAGCAACUAAGGAUUGUGUUUCUAAGACAUUGAAAAGACUAGAAGAGAAGAUUCAUGGUCGUGUGCUGAACCAUUUAUUAUAUCUUAUACGGGUUUCAGAAAAGGCAUUCCAAAGACGAGUUGCUUUGGCUCUUGCCCAUCUUUGUUCUGCAUACGACCAGAGAAAAAUAUUUAUUGACCACAACGGACUGAAGUUGCUUAUCGGGCUUCUUGGCUCAUCAUGCCAUAAGCAGCAACUUGAUGGUGCCGUGGCUUUAUGCAAGUUGGCCAACAAAGCUAUGUCUCUGUCUCCUAUUGAUGCUGCUCCUCCAUCCCCAACACCUCAGGUCUAUUUGGGAGAGCAGUAUGUAAAUAAUGCUACCUUAUCAGAUGUUACAUUUUUAGUUGAAGGUAAAUGGUUUUAUGCCCACAGAAUCUGUUUACUCGCUUCUUCAGACGCAUUUCGUGCAAUGUUUGAUGGUGGUUAUAGGAAAAGAAUUUGA